CCGUGCCGCAGCUAGCAAUCCUCUCUCCCAUGGCCGCAGCUAGCGAUCCUCAUCCCGGAACCGACGAGAUAGAAUCGCCACCUGGGGAGCACACCCACGAACCAACAAUCCCCUCCCUGCAAUCCUCUUUUCGAAUCUGCUUCCCGCAAUCCAUAUCUGAAGCUCGCCGGAGUUUCCUUCGAAUUUCCCCUAAUUACCCAGAUGAAAGGCUGGGUCGACGCUUCCAAACCUAAGCAUAGCUCGAUCAACAGAUCCGACUUCGGAUUAAACGUAGAUUCGAAGCAGACAUAUAUCACUGAAUGGUUAUCCAUCGAAUCGAUCCAAUCGAUGAUUGAAGAAUCUUCUGCUCCGCUUCCGCCUCUGUCCAAUUGGCCGUGGCUACGGAAACGGUGUCGAUUCUCUGCGCCGCGAAUUCGCCCUCUGCCAAUAAAGCGAUGAUCAAAUGGUUGUCGCUAGUUCUGCUUGCCCCAAUCAGAUUCGAGAAGGGUUGGAAGAAACCAAAUCGAGGCCUCUACAAGUUUAAUAAAGAUGCUGGGUUGAUUAGUGACGAGGGUUUCUGUAUGGGUGGGGUAAUCAAAGAUGAGAAUGGAGCUUUUAUCAUGGGUUUCACGAGAAGAGAAAAAGGGAAGUGUAGCCUUGAUAAGGCUGAGUCCAGAGCUAUGAUGGUGGGUAUUGAAGAAGCGAAGAAGAGAGGGAUAUGGUCGAUCGUUGUGGAAUCCGAUUCUCUGGGCAUCAUAAAAAAUAUCAAGGAACAAGAUGAGGAUAGAACGGAGAUUGGGUCGGGUAGGGACGUAGGGUAUAGGGGUGGGUAGAAAAUGAAUUAGGUUUUUUAUU